AUGUUGUUUAAAGUUGUUCUCCAGUCGACUGUCUUGUUUUUAAUAUUCACAACAGCUAACACAGUGGACCACAGUAGAGGAGUCUACAUGCAUGAUCAUCCAGACUUCCCAUCAGUGAUUGGAGGUCCCGGUGGUCCAUAUAGAACCCAUUAUCUCCACUCUCGGUUUGGAAUUGGUCAUAAACAUAGACGCGCAGUAAAAUCGAAAAACGAGAUGCUGAGGAUGUUUUAUAACAGGCCUCAGCAGAGAGACGAACAACAUUAGCCUUCCCCAUACGUCGAAGAGGCUUUCCACGCACUGGUUUUAAUUUCAGAGCAUAGCUACAAAAACAGAGAUGCUAAUUUUUGGAGCACAUGCUAUGCAGACUGAAUUCAUUCGCAAACAGUAUAAACAGAAAAGUAUAAUUAGAACAGUUAAAACUAGGAGUUACAAUUAGAAAUAUAGAACAUGAGCAAAUAUUAAUGUAACCUUCUUUUUGCACGAAACUUGCAGAUUAAAUAUAGUUCUUAGGUGAAUUCCAU